AUUACACUGUACUAUGGCUCGGUGGAAAGGGUUCGAAGAGAGAAAUGGACUUCUGUAACUUAGAAUGGACUUGCACCCAUUUGAGUGAAAUGGUAAAUGGAAUAUAAUGAUGACAGAGAAUGCCCAUUCUUCUGUGAUGACCACUGCCUCCAGUGGUAGUGAUGGGUCCUCAGAAAUAUCAGCUUCUUCUGCCUUAUAUACUUCAUGUGAUGAUGGCUCCAAAUUAAACCAACAUGUGUCACAGAGUACAUCAAGUGCCCAGGAAAGCAUCAUUUUAGACACCCAGGCCAAUUUUAACCAAGUACCUGCAGCUAAAAAUGAACAAAAAGAGUCUAAAUUUGGAAAUAACAGAGAUGCUCAUAGUCCCCUAACAACAGUAGAAAGGAGAACUGUCCUGUCAUCCCAUGUUUGUAACACCUCUGUCCCAUAUAAGUUUCAAGAUAGUCCAAUUAGUGCUUGUGGUGUAAAGAAGCCAUGUAAGUCACCUAAUUCCCCUCUACUUUUGCAGAAAGAUAUAGAGCCAAGUGACUUAUCUCAUAUAUCCCACAAUACAAAAUUGAAGGAGCACUUAGUGGAACAUAGUGGGCUUCGGAAAGAAGGGCCUUUGUCUUUAAUAGUUCCAUCUGAUAGCACUGGGUCAGAAGAUGAACAUGACAGAGAUUUAUUUAGAGCAGGUGCUAUGCAGCUUCAGGAUUCUCAUAUCAUUUCUCCAUCCAGCAGAGCACCUCAGAGAAACAGUGUUCAUCUUGCUGCAGAUGAGCCAUUAACCCUAAACAGCUAUCAACCGUCUUGUUCACAUGAAAUACAUGAAGUACUUGGGGAACCAGUUUAUUCAAAUGGUACUAAACUACAGAGAUUACCCCCUGUUUCAACAAUUAUGCAAUCACGCUUAGCUUCAUUAGUUAAAGAAGGUUUUAAAAUGCCUUUUGAUUCUUCUCACUUUGUCCCUUUUGCAGACCUGUCUUAUAGCCAUGAUCCUCAUCAUUCAGAAGUAGUAUGUCUUUCAACAGUCAAUAGACCUGAAGCAAAUACUUUGGUAUAUCCUAUCUCCUUGGCAUCUAAUAAAACGGAAAGUGAAGGGACUUUUUUGGGGGAUUCAGUUGAUUCACUUCAGUGUACUUCUUUAUGUGAAGCAGGACCUACAUCUCAUGCCACACCACGUGUAGCACCAGUCAUUACAUCAAUACCUGACUUUUCAAAGAUCCAUAGUGGAAACAUGACUAACACCAAAGACAUUGGUGGAAGCAUACCAACCUCUGUUAAUAAAUUUCCCCAAAUGGAUCACAGAGGGCCUUUACUGUUUGGAGAAGAUGGUCAUCCAAUUGUUGUCCCAUCAACUAAUCCUUUGCUGACACCAUUAGAUCUAGGGAACACUACUUUAAGAAUGGUUACUUCACACAUUUCAUCACAGCCUCCUGUAAAAAAUACUUGCCAAAUGAACAUGUCUACUUUUUCAAACAGGUUAGUUUCUUCCCGGCCAAUUUUGGGUGUGCCUACUGGUGUAAUCACUACAGUUGGAUCAAGUAAUUCCAGCUCUGCUAAAGCACCAGACUUACCUUCAAACAUUCAAGAGCAUCCUUCUUUAUUAAUUGCACAUGCAGAAGAUGUUAACUUGCUUUCUACUGCAUCUAAAAAUGAUUCUGUUCUAGAAGAACAAGACUUUUCAGAAGUUAUUGAUAGAAGUAAUUCUGAAGGUGAUGAAACUGAUGAAGUUUGUAAACCUUCUAGUAUAAAUACAAACUUUCCAACACCCACAUCAGAAUUGCCAUCUGUACUUUCUAGUCUGGGCUCGCAAUCUUAUAUGUUGUCUAACCUUGUAUCUUCUGGGAGUUCAGGCUCUUUGACACUGACAAAAACUGUUUCUUCAAAUAUACCAAUCACCACCGGUGUUUCAUUAAUUCGUGGAAUGCAGUCUGGAUUAACCAGUCCAUAUGUACCACCAUUUUUGUUAUCUGGGAUCCUCCCUACCUCACUUUGUGGAACAUCUGUGAAACAUGAACCUCAUGAAGCCACCACUUCUCAGUCUGUUACUUCAGCUGGAGGUUUGUUAUACUCUGGUCUUUCAACUUUACCAAGUUUAAUUUCUGUUUUCAAACAGGAGUCACCAACUGACAAUACAAGUGGUUCUGGACCUUUGCCCCCAUUUACAGUUGUUUCGGGUAUGCCAUCCUUGUCAAAGCAAGACCUUGCUGAAUUUGUUGCAGCCCAAAGUAACUUUUCCAAUUCUGGAAGUCACUUAGAAGAAGUGUCUGUGAAAGAAGAACCAUUUGAUGAUGCUGACACUUCUCCCUCAGAAAGCCUUUCUGCAUCCCAUUCUCCCAUGUUACAGAAUACAUGUAACCUCCCUGGACUGUCUCGUUUGUCCACAAUACCACAUAGUACCAAUCCCCAGGGAGAAAUUUCUCCUACUCUAACACACGCCACUACUGUGCCUUCUCAGCAGAUGACAGCUGGUUUUAGUCACACUGCCACUGCACCUUCAAGAAUCAGCUCCACAACUUGCAUAGAUGUGGCCUCUAGUUGUGGAUCAAGCUCUGGAAGAAAGUUAGACCUUUUAGACAAAAAGAACUGCCAACUCUGUCGAAUCAAUAAGCCAUGUAGCUUGCAUCCUUCACAGUCGUGCAGCAUGUCCAGUAAUAUGGCUUCAGAUCCACUUCUCUCUAGUGAUCCAGCAAAACCUUUUCAGUGCAAUUUGUGUGGAAAGAGGUUGGCAUCAAAGAAUGUUUAUCAGUUGCACAUGCGUUCACACACCGGAGAAAAACCUUUUACCUGUAACCUUUGUGGUCAUAAUUUCUCUCAAAAAACCUCACUCACAAGGCACAUACGUUCUCACACUGGAGAGCGUCCCUUUCCAUGCGAGGUUUGUGGGAAACGUUUUGCAGACAAGGAGCGUACAAAAAUUCAUAUGCGCACUCACACAGGUGAAAAACCCUUUUCGUGUAAAAUGUGUGGCAAGUGUUUUUCUCAGAAGUCAACUGUGAAACGACACAUGAGUGUUCAUACUGGUGAAAAACCCUUCACUUGUGAAACAUGUGGGAAAGGUUUUGCUAAUAGAGGCAAUUUAAAUGCCCAUAGCAAAACGCACACUAGUAAUGUGAGUACGUAAUUACAACAUGAUAGUAGAACAGUUAUGGAUGUUCCAACAGUGAAAACUUAAGAAUAUGGAUAUCCUUGAAUUGUGUCCUUAAGCACCUUUGUAAUUUCACUUUAUUUCACAAGUAAAGCACCGAAGGACAGUGGUGGUUUAUGGAAUGUGAAUAUGGACUUAAAAUCUUGUGUGUUUAACACUGAUAACUAUAAAUGAAAUUUACACAUACAUAUACAGAAUUUUUUUAUUUCUGUUUAAAUUGUUAAGUACAAAUCUAGUGUUGCAAUAGGUUGUUGUUGAUAUUAGAGGUAAAUGUAAAUGAGGUUUUGAAGAUGUUUUUUUUAUAAGAAAUAAUAUAUAUUUCAAAAGAAUAUUGUUUAUGAAUAAGAAACCAUUAUGCAAAACAGAAUUAUUUGAGUAAGCUGUUUUUCAGUUUAGGUUCAGUGAGUUUGAAUUCCAGACCAAUGAAUUUUGAACUUCAUUUUGAAAGAAGGAUACGAUGUUUUCAGAUGUGGCAGGCACAGUGUGUUUCGUCGCUGAAGUUCAGUGAGACGCCGCCAGUUCCCUCCAUCUACCUUGCAUCUUCCAGCUUUUAGGUCUAUCAGGUCCACUUCAUUUGCCUGAGUACCUAUACUUUUUUUUUGUGGAGAAUUUCACCUCUGAAGACAAUAGGACAUCAGUGUACUGGAAUACAAAACCAACACAAGAGAAAAAUGUCAUUUUUCAAAGUUAUAUAACAUUUUUUAUUGUGCAUCACUUUGUAUAAAUACAUGAAAUAUAAAGUGAAUGUGAAAGAAGACAGUUCAUUAAAAUUUUUCUCUGUAUCUGAAAAUUGAUAAUUCUAUCACAGAAGAUGUUUUUAUACAUUUAGGUUUUACAUAUACAAUAACAAAAACAUUAGAUGCCUGGAAAGAUGAUAGUAUUUUAAGGAGCAGUACUGAAUACAAUAUAUGAAAAGGAUUUUGAAUAAAUAAAUCAUUAUGCCAAGUGACAACCAUAGCCUAUGUAAAGUCAUGGUGGAGAAAAAUGUAUCAGAAUUAUAUUUCAUAUUGCUUGGCAUUCUUUAAGUAGUGAAAAACUGAUCACUUUUGGGGAUGGGUAUGUAGUAACCCUUUCUGAUGCAAAAUAUUUAUAAACACAAAUCAUAGAUAUUUGUUCAGAUUGAGGAUUUACAAUCUCAAAGACAUGAAUAUCCCUUGUACUUAAUCGCAUUGAAAAACAAAGGAAUAUGGAUCAACUUCCGGCACCAGGACCAUCCAGAAAGAGUGGCAACAACUCAUACCCUAGUCAAGGUAAGCAAAAUCUUGUAACAGGUGAGAAUCCACAAACACAAAGGUCAGUGCG